UUUUAAGCCAAUGAGGACAAACGUAACAUAUCAGACUAAAAAAGUUUACUUCCGGAGACGCUUUUGUACGAAUGUAAACAAACUUUCUGGACUAUCAGAAUCUAUAUCGACACAAAAAUGCCUGACCGUGGUCGGGACACUGAGAAGGAGAAAGAGAAAAAGAAACGGGCCGGGUCAUCAAGUUCAGAUAGCAGCAGUUCCUCUUCAAGAAGUAGGUCGCGUUCGUCAUCCUCUGACAGCAGCUCCUCAGGUAGUUCCAGCUCUUCCCGAUCUUCAUCAUCGUCCAGCGGCUCAUCAAGAAGUGGGCGUUCAAGGUCAAGGGACAAACCAAGACCACGCAAGAAGUCAGGGGGAGAGUCUCCAAAGCGCAAGAAGAGAAGUCCAACACCUCGGCCGACAAAGGUGCAUGUUGGUAAAUUGACCCGUAAUGUGAUGAAGGAACACAUACAGGAGAUAUUCUCUGUGUAUGGGGUGAUCAAGCACCUUGAGAUGCCCCCUGACAGGGCACACCCAAGCUUCUCUAAGGGAUUUGCCUACGUGGACUUUUCAAAUCCAGAAGAAGCUGACAAAGCAGUCAAACAUAUGGAUGGAGGUCAGAUAGAUGGCCAGGAGGUGACUGCCCAAACUGUCCUGCCACCGCGGCCAGCUCCUAGACCUGCCAGGAGAAGUCCACCACCGUCUAGACGAGGCCCUCCGUCUGGACGCUCCUGGAGACCUUCUCCACCAAGAUUUCGAGAUGAGCGAACACGCAGGUCUCCUCCCCGCCGUGCCCGGACCCCACCCCGUCGUCGUUCUCGCAGCAGGUCACCCGUGAGGCGGCGGCGACACAGUCGCUCAAGCUCAAGUUCCUCACGAUGAGAUCACCUUGCAAGAUAAUGUGACUUUGUGACUCAGAUAUGUAUUCAGCACACUGAUCAUGCAGCAACUGUUUAUAAAAUGGAUGCUAGGCACUGUAUGGUGUGUAACUGGAAACUAAUUGCACAACAGGUCUGAUGGCAAUCAACAUUUUUCAUGAUUGGUAGCAAAAUGGAUCAUGAUAAAAAUAUUUUUGCUUUUAAGGAUUUAAGCAGAAAAAAGAGACAUUUUAACAAUGGAAUUAUAUUUCAAAUAUAGCUUUAAUAUGAACAUUUUCUUUGUAUUGUUAUGAUGAUUUGUCGUUCCUACAUCUUCAAGUAACAUGUAUUUCGUAAUAACUGUUUAAUAAUUCUGUUUAGUUUCAGCAAAUUACGAUUGUAUUGCAUUAAAAUCACUUUUCAUUAUGUUUUUCUCUUGUACAGUAUUGUAAUUUUAAUGUCGUGAAAUAAAUGUUAAAUACAA